AGUAUUUAAUGAGCCACGCCUAUAAAUGUCUUCUCACCAUAAAGUUCUGUUAGGUGUAUCGGGAAGUGUAGCUGCUGUCAAAGUUCCUGAAAUAGUAGAGAGACUGAAAUCUUUUGAGAUAGAUAUUAAAGUGAUUGCUACUGAUUCCUCUCUUCAUUUCUUUGAUCACAGCAGUUUACCAGUUCAAGUGUACACUGAUAAAGAUGAGUGGAUAUGGAAACAAGGUGAUCCUGUACUACAUAUAGAAUUAAGGAAGUGGGCAGAGCUCAUGGUCAUAGCUCCCUUGAGUGCUAAUACAAUGGGAAAGAUUGCAAAUGGGCUCUGUGAUAAUCUACUGACCUGUGUGUUGAGGGCGUGGGACUCCAAUAGACCCCUCCUCUAUUGUCCUGCAAUGAACACACUGAUGUGGGAGAACCCCAUUACUUCAAGGCAUCUCACAGUUCUACAGGAUUUGAAAUACAUUCAAGUACCACCUGUAGUCAAGACAUUAGCCUGUGGGGACACUGGUAUCGGUGCAAUGGCUAGUGUCGAUGAGAUUGUUUCACAAGUACUACGACAUCUUCCCCCACCCACUCAUACUGACCACACCCAUCAAUCAAAAUAAUACUUUUAUGACGUCAAGAGAUUAUUAAUAAUGAUUUUGAUGAAUUAUUAAUAGUUAUAAAUCACAAACAGAUCUCAUUCGAAA